AUGAAACGAUAUAAUGAGAGCCGAUUGUCAGGAGAACUGUGCCUUACGGGCACAGACGGAAGAGGCUCGGGAGUUUUUGACGGUGAAGUGGUGGCGAACAACGGUCGACGAGACGGCCGGCAUGGACCGGGAUUCGACGGCGAAUCCAACGCACCCUCAGACAGCUGGCGGAGUGCCAGACGAGACUUUGGA